GUUUUGUAGUCGUCAUGGCAACACCAAGCUCAGCGGGGCUGACUGCUUAGUCGUGCUCGGUUAGAGAGACCCUGAAAUCGGCGAGCUGAAGGAAGAGAAAGCUGCCAUGUCUGAUCCACUUAAAGACAAAUCCCAAAGAAGAGAGAAGAGGACAGGCAAGGUGCCCUCAGAGGGAAGCCAUGGAGUCAGAGGCAAGGAAACAACUGGCAAGACUAAGGACUCCAUAAGUACUGUGUCAUUCAUGGAUGAACUAGGACACCAUGAUGACAACGUUCGGAUGCCUGUAACAAUGGAGAACACCUACCAGAUGGGACCUUACAAACGCUUCCCUGUCCUCGCUGUCACAGACAUACUGAAGGAUGUACUCACCAGUUACCUCCAAGAAGAGAAAUAUGAAGUAGAGUGGUCUCAAAAAAUGACAAAAACAAUAUGUGAGGUGAUAAGAGCCCGAGUGAAGGAUCUCAUGAUCCCCAGAUAUAAGAUAGUUGUCCUGGUCCACAUCGGUCAGCUCACUGGGCAGAGCAUGCAGAUCAACAGUCGCUGUCUGUGGGAUGCAUCUAGCGACACCUUCGCCUCUUACUCUUUCAAGAAUAGCUCUCUGUAUGGUGUAGCAACUGUCUACGCUGUUUACUUUGAGUGACUCAUAUACAUUGCACAUAGACUCAUAAAUACACAGGAAUCAUUUUACUUAUGCAUUUCUGAUAAACGGUUAUCAUUCUUUAUAUAUGUUGUUUAUUUUGCCAUGUAUGAAAUGAUAAAACAAGA